AUGGGAUGCAUUGUCAUUUUGAUUUUCUGGUGGGGAUCAGUUUCAAGGAUAUCAAUAUUUGCCAAGGUGCUGAUAACAAAUUCACAAAAGGAUGGCACUCAAAGGCCUAUCAGUUUCAAUUGCCAAGACUUGAAAUUUUUCGGUGAGAUAUGCUCUAGUGACGCAACCAAAUUCAUUCUAACUGCAAUGAGCACUGUCCUUGCUCAAGCAGAUCAACCUUUAUGUAAUGCCCUGAUGGCUAGUGAUCAUGAUGAUGUUAAACAAGGCUUACUUUCUGAAAAGAAAGAACCUGCUCAACUCAAUAACGAAACGAACGAGGUCCAUAAAAGAAGAAAUCGCCAAUAUGGUAGCACUCCAUGUCCAUCAUUUAAGAACCGCCUAGAACAAAAUGAAGCGGGAUCUCAAUGUCCUGCAGAUUGUGAGCCAAUCUAUGUGAAACCACAAUUUAGUAUAAAGCAAGUAAUCUUGUUGUUGGUGGCAUACAUUGGUGGAGGCACCUUCUGCUUUUUCCUGAUGAGGCAUCAGAUAAAAGGUAAAAAAACAAAUGCGAUUCUGGAUUCCAUGUACUUGUGUGUAGUCACAAUGAGCACCGUUGGAUACGGGGACCUUGUACCCAAUAGCAUGUUGGCAAAACUAGUUGCAUGCUUUUAUGUGUUCACAGGCAUGGCUCUUGUUGGCUUAAUUCUUGGCAAGGCAGCAGAUUACAUUGUAGAGAAGCAGGAAAUCCUUCUGGUUAGAGCCAUACACUUCCGGGAAAAAAUUGGGCCACCAGAGCUUCUUAAGGAGGUUGAGACUGAGAAAGUCAAGUUCAAAUGUGUUACGGUUGGAAUCCUUCUUUUGCUGCUUGUUAUAGUAGGAACUGUCUUCUUAUGUCUAGUUGAGAAUCUGGAAGUCAUGGAUGCUUUCUAUUGCGUUUGUUCCACCAUUACUACUCUAGGCUAUGGCGAUGAGAGCUUCUCAACUGGAGGAGGUCGAAUUUUCGCUGUUUUUUGGAUACUGAGCAGUACCAUUUGCUUAGCACAAUUCUUUCUCUACCUUGCUGAACUAUACACUGAAAGAAGGCAAAGAUCAUUUGUGAAGUGGGUUCUUACUCGGAGAUUGACACUCUCGGAUCUUGUGGAUGCAGACCUUGAUCAUGAUAAAGUCGUCGGUGCUGCAGAGUUUAUCGUAUAUAAGCUAAAGGAGAUGGGGAAGAUCUGCCAGGAAGAUAUUUCACUGGUGAUGGAAACCUUCAAAAAACUUGACAUUGAUCAUUCAGGAACUUUGACAGCAUCUGAUCUAGCACCAUCUCAUUCUCAACCAACUUUUGAGUACACAGCUUAA